AUGGCACCUAUGUUCAACGCAAUCGAGAACGGUAGAGCAUCGGAGCUCGACACCGAAUAUGACAGCAGCGCGUCUCGCGUGUUUCUGACGGGCGCACCCAGGAAGCAGGUGGGAAGACUAUUCGACCAAGCAAAAAGAAUCGACAGCACGCAAUGGGACCACGGCCUUGGCUUACCCGCGCCGGAUGCCUGCUCCCAAGAACGUGCCAGCUCGGAGUCGCGGAUUGAUUGGCAGAGUGGCGGAAGCUCUCUGCGUGGCGGCAAGGCGAAAGCAUCGUACAAGCAGAUCAGCAGCCUGUCAAGCAACGCCAGUGAGGGCGAUCAGGAGGCGAACGACAGCGACAUGGAUGUGCAGGACCCUCACACGCCAGACGAUAUCGCCAACGACGAUAAGACUAGUACCAAGACGCGGAUGGCGACACCGAUCAGCAUCAGCCAACUCCCACGACCGUAG